CUUCCUGUUCGUGUGAAUAAUACUUUUUAUGCCGAUGUCCUUUAAUUUUUCGCCAAAAAUACUACGCGAAGAGUAUCUAUUUUCAAGAUUGAAAUUGUGAUUCAUAAUCUUAAAUCAUGUUGAAUGUGUAAUAUUAGGUUUGUAAUUUUAGGACAGUUAGCUACUUCCUUAUGUGAGCUGGUCACGUGGUAACUACCAGCGGAUUUUAAUAUGUCGACGGUCAGGAUGUACAUUUAACAUUAAAUAGUUUCACCGUAUUUACUACUGGCACUUUAUUAUACCAGUGCAUGACGGACCACUGCCGAUUUUACCCGGUAACGGUGCACGAUUCUCCGGACGAGCAAUGUGUCAUUGAUGGGGUGUCGGGAUACGGUCGUGUUCCGUUACGCGUCGUCUGUUUGCCAGAUAACUGUCUUGACGUCGGUACUGUACGGGGGACGGAGCCAGAGAGAUAGUCCCGGUGUUAAGUGCUAUUGUUUAUAUACAGCGGUGACAGACAUACAGACACCCUUUGGUCAGAUGUCAUGUUGAUGUGUGGCCUUCCUGCAUCGUAUUUUAUCAUCAUGGAAAGACAGGUGAAGACCACUCCCAGCUGGUAGAGGUAACGGGACGCAGACAGACAGACAGACAGACAGACAGACAACCGUCAGUGUCGUGGACUGUUACUCCCAGCGAGUAGAGGGAUACAGACAGACCGACAGUCAGACUGGCUCUCAGGCAGACAUCUAGCCUAGUGGAUGGACUUCCUCUGAUGUCAAAGCUGACCCAAGCCCGGUCCAGAGAAAGAUGAUUGGUGCCCCAGACGUGGUGGCGUUUACUAAGGAGGAGGCUUUUGGGGAGGUAGGGUACCCCAACCCCUGGGUGGUGCCAGAAGAGUUCUCUGUCCCUCUGUUCCCAUCGAAUAACAACGCCAAUCCCUGGGCCAAGACGUCAUACGCCAAGUUCACUAAGGACUUCAUCCUCAUAUCAGAGUUCUCUGAGCAGGUGGGCCCCCAGCCUCUGCUCACCAUUCCUGACGACCCGAAGGUGUUUGGGACCUUUGACCUCAACUACUUCAGUCUGAGGAUCAUGUCUGUUGACUACCAGGCCUCGUUCGUAGGACACCCCACCGGCAGCGGAUACCCACGACUCAGUUUUGUGGAGGACUCCCGGGUGGUGCUGGGUGACUCUAAGGAGGGGGCGUUUGCCUACGUUCACCACCUGACGCUCUAUGACCUGGAGGCCCGGGGCUUCGUCCGCCCGUUCUGCAUGGCCUACGUCUCUGCCGACGAGAGGAAGAUCAUGCUGCAGUUCCAGGAGCUGUCGCUCCUCUUCUCCCGCGCCUCCGAGUGCCUGAAGACCGGAAACCGACGGGCCUUCGCCCGCGAGCUGCAGAGGAAGCUACGUGACCUGGAGUACACACGGUCUGUUCUGCAGAAAGAGGAGGGGCUUCAGCGGGAGGCGGGGCCUCAGGGGUGUUACUCCGCCUGCGCGGUGGACAAGGCCAAUGAGCUUGCGGCGAUGGAGAAGAGUAUCUACGAGCACCGAGACCUGCUGAGGCAGAUCACCUCGUACCCCCUCCGUCCCCGCCGAGACCCCCACGCCGCACACUGUCACCACUGUGUCACCGAGUCACAGAGACACAGAGACGCACCGCCUGGCCCCGACCGUGACACGGGGGAGGAGGCGGGACAGAGGAGGCAGUCCUACACCCCGCAGCUGAUCAAGGGGAAGUCGGCCAAGUGUUUCGCCAAGCGUCUGAAGAACCUGACGGAGUUGUGCGAGGAGAGGUUCUACGAGGCCACCGUGGAACUACUCAACCACACAGAGCGGUGUUUCCGGGGGGACUUGUGUUACCUGUACACCCGCCGCCUGGACCGAGCGCUACGCAGGAAGCAGAACAUCACCAACUUCCUGUUUGAGGAGGAGCUAGGGGAGGAGGAAGAGGAAGUAGCGGUGCUGGGAAGAAUCUUCUGUUCUCUCAAACACACAGUGGGGACGGACUCACAUAUACACACCCCUUCCAUCGUGCUUUGCCCCGAGCCACCGGAGUCUGUGGAAGUGAACCCUCCCUGCCCUGAUAACUCUGCCCAGCAGAGUGUGGCCCUGACCGGGGAGGAGAGGCUGGAGUCGUCACUCUCUGAUCUGACCAUGGAGACGCAGGACCAGGAAAGCUCUGAGGAGAAUAAGGACAGCUUUAGUAGUGACAGGAGUGGAGGAGAGGAGGAGGAGGGACGGGAGGGAGGAGAUCAGACCCCUGUUUUUCUGCUGGAGGCUGAGGAGGGGGGAGAGGGUGAGACACACCGUGUGUGUGAGAGGGAGGGAGAGGCAGAAGGAGUGUUGAACAGAGAGAGGGAGGGAGAGGCAGAAGGAGUGUUUAACGGAGAGAGGGAGGGAGAGGCAGGAGUGCUUGGGAGAGAGGAGGGAGGGGCUGAGACAGAGGAGGGAGGGGCUGAGACAGAGGAGGGAGAAGCUGAGACAGAGGAGGGUGAAGGACAGAGGGCUCCUGACCCUGAGUUACUGGUCCAGAUGGACACGGCCUGCUGCAUGUCUCAGGAGGGCUUCCUGUACAACUCCUCUCCCCCAGACACGCUGCCUGCUUCUGGGCUGCAGCCCGGCUCUCUACCCCUUCCCCUGGUGGUCAACCAGGAGCCCCAGGCCCUGCUGCCGGUCCAGGGGGACUACGGCCUGGGUUCCCCCCACUGCCAGAGCCCUGGGGCUGGGCUGGACCUGCCCGUCUCCUCCUCGGGAGAUACCACCUCCAGGGGUUCGGACCAGGACGGGUGGGACUGUACCAUGUCAGCGUCUACGGGGUCCGAACGGGCCGGCUCACCUCUGGGGUACGGGGGGUUGGUAACGCUGAGGCAGAAGAAGAGGGCCGGGCAGGGAGCGCUCAGGUUUGUGCGUCAGUAUCCGUUUGCCCUGCAUGCCCUGUGGUCCCUACUGAGUGGUCGAACCCUGGUGGUCCUGGGAUCUGAGGAGGGGAGGGUCAGGAGGCUGGUGUCCGCUCUGGCCCUCUACGUGCCUGGACCCGGGCGCUGUGGGGAGAGGGUCCAGCCCUGGUUGUCCUGCCCCUUCAGCCUCACUGACCUACAGCGAUGGAAACUCAUAGGACUGCAGAGGAUGGCGUCUCCCGUGGGGACCAGCAUGCUCUGCUCUCUGUCUCGCUACAGCCGUUACAUCUCCGUCCUGGACGCCGACCGGAAGACCCUCCGUUGCCCCGGCUACCGCGGAACCCUCCUGGCCAACGUGGCGGACCACCGAACCCGUCUGCGUCGAGGUUCCACCUACUUCCUUCAUCUCCAGAACGUGCUCAGUAGACUGGCUUCCCGGGCCUUCCUCCUUAGCUUUACGCAUCACCUCCACCUUCCCAUCAGCCACCUGGAGCAGAGACAGGAAGUGGAGGAGAGGACGAGGGGCUUCCUGAGGGAUCAGCUCAGGCUUGGGGAAGACGACUGUUCCAUCCUGAUGUACCUGAGUCAGCUGAUCACACAGCACUACCUGGACAGUACCUCAGUAGGAGCUGUUACGACACAACCCCACCUGGAGAAGGACAACACGCCUGGAACCAACCAGCAGCACCUGGACAGUACCUCAGUAGGUGCUGUUACGACACAACCCCACCUGGAGAAGGACAACACGCCUGGAACCACACAGCAGGACCUGGAAGCUAACAACAUACUAGACCCUGCCACUGGGGGUGCUAUAACCCCAGAGCAGUACCUAGACCCUACCACUGGGGGCACUAUAAACCCAGAGCAGUACCUAGACCCUACCACUGGGGGCACUAUAACCCCAGAGACGGGCCUAGACCCUACCACUGGGGGCACUAUAAACCAACAAGACCCUGAGUCUAAUACUGGAGGCAGAGUGAAUACAGGGCAGUACCUAGACCCUACCACUGGGGGCGCUAUAACCCCAGAGCAGUACCUAAACCCUUCCACUGGGGGUGCUAUAACCCCCGAGCAGUACCUAGACCCUACCACUGGGGGUGCUAUAACCCCAGAGCAGUACCUAGACCCUACCAUCCAUCAGUCUGCUACUAGGAGCAGAGCUCCACCCAGCUUCACCUUUAACUACACCACCAGUCUCCUAUACAAGAUCUGAUCUGAAACACUGACUGGGGUCGAAUCUCCUGAGAGCCUUCAAGUCCUCUCUACUCACCUCCUCAAAACAACACCGGAGGAGACAGAUCUGCGGUAGAUUCACUCUGGGUUGGAGACGGGAGGGCCUGUCUCUGUCUCCUAGGUAAUCAGGAGAGACUGAGGGCCUGUCUCUGUCUCCUAGGUAACCAGGAGAGAUUGAGGGCCUGUCUCUGUCUCCUAGGUAACCAGGAGAGAUUGAGGGCCUGUCUCUGUCUCCUAGGUAACCAGGAGAGACUGAGGGCCUGUCUCUGUUUCCUAGGUAAUCAGGAGAGACUGAGGGCCUGUCUCUGUCUCCUAGGUAACCAGGAGAGACUGAGGGCCUGUCUCUGUCUCCUAGGUAACCAGGAGAGACUGAGGGGGUUUAGUGAAUGUAGAGUAGCAGUGUUCACGUCAAUCAUGCUGUCCAUCAAGUCCUCCUUCCGAUGAAUGUCCUAACCUUGGGGGGGGGGGGGCCUGGACCCUGAUUUUGAUGAUUGACAAGUCACUAUGAACCGUCCUUCUGAUCUGAGCGAGAAGUGUGUGUGUUGUGUGUGAAACGUUAAUAUGUUCUGUGUGCGUUCGUGCCGGUCUGUCUCGUGCCGGUCUGUCUCCCGUGACGUUGCAUGUUGUCCACGGAACCACAGGACUACUACAGUUGCUUAGGAACGUUGCCGUUGUAAAAAGACCAGAUUGGUGCCCAUUCAACACAUCUAAUCUAACAAAACAGGAUCAUUUGUAACAAACCCACGAUGUAGUUACUUAAGUCCCGAUAUAUUGGACUGUUUUCCCUGUAAACAUGUAGCAGUUGUCCUUUUUUCAGGUUUAGAAGAAGAGGUGACCGCUAAAUGCUAACUCCCAUCCGUAUAAGCUGGUAGCAUAGCUAGCAUACAGAAAUCGUUGAUGGUAGUCAUGUCGUUUAAAAAAAAAAACGGAUGCACUUGAUUGGUGACGAUGAGUUGAUGUUAACGUCCACACAAGCAUUAUACCUCAACAUCGUGUGAAAUAGACAACAACUUAAAUGUAGGCUAAUUUAGCUUUGGGGUAGGGGGGGGGGGGGGGGGGGGGGGGGGGGGGGACAAUGAGGAAGCUUGGGGAUCUUAACCCCCGACACGUUUCCAUGGCAACGGCGUUCCCAUUGUUUUGUUCAGUUGGAUUUAGCUCGUUACUGCAUCUGUAACCAACGACGUGUAUAUAAACUCAGGACUGCUGAUGCUUUGUUUUGGCCAUUUAGAGACUUUAAGCCACCGGUCGGCCAUUUUGACAGUCCUCCAUAGGAUGGAAUGGAAUUCUACAGCAUUUCAAUUAAAGGUUUCGAGGACCAAAUUACAUGUAUUUCAGUAUUUGUUGUUGUUGUAGUUUGGGACAGUAACAUUAGUAUUUUUAAGAGGGGGGGGGGACGUUUAUUUUUUUGGUGUAGCUCACAUGUGUAAAAUUAUACAUUUAAGGUGUAUAAUGGAAUAAACGUGUUGUGACAUUAGUAAAUGGAUUUCUAUAUCUUCCAACAUAUUAUUUACAAUUGAGAGCCAAGAUGGCUGCCGGUGGCUUCAAUACAGCACCCCCCUGUCAGCCAUCCAGGGUUUAUACACAUCAUUAAGGAGAGCCAAAAUGGCUGCCCGGUGGCUUCAAUACAGCACCCCCCUGUCAGCCAUCCAGGAUUUAUACACAUUAAGGAGAGCCAAAAUGGCUGCCCGGUGGCUUCAAUACAGCACCCCCCUGUCAGCCAUCCAGGGUUUAUACACAUCAUUAAGGAGAGCCAAAAUGGCUGCCCGGUGGCUUCAAUACAGCACCCCCCUGUCAGCCAUCCAGGGUUUAUACACAUCAUUAAGGAGAGCCAAAAUGGCUGCCCGGUGGCUUCAAUACAGCACCCCCCUGUCAGCCAUCCAGGGUUUAUACACAUCAUUGAUUUAUAGAGCCCCUUAGUGGUGUCAUAAUUCCCAUAAAACCUAGCGGUCAAAUAGGGAAAUGGUUCCAAUCAUUUUUCCACCAUGUUAAUCUCUCUCGGACAAGGUGACUUUAAAUCAAUAUAUUCGGCUGUUUACUCUGAUUUGAAAAUGCUAAUUAGCAUCAAAGUAGACAUGCAAAACUACAAAUCCCAGCAUGCUCCUGCACGUCAUCUCUAGCUGACACCUUUGCUAACAGAUAUUGUGUCAAUUAAAAAACUUACACAAGACAGUUAGCAGAAUUGUCCAUUUAAAUUAAAUGUAGCUAAUUUAUUAAUAACUACAUUUAGCUAACAUUAGAUAGUUAAUACAGAGAUUCUUACCUUUGUCUCGAUUCGUCAGUCUCUUGUCCAGAUCAUCAUGGUAUUUGUAGUUCUUUAUGAUAGCCACAUUAGCAGCUAAUUAGCAUUCUUUUUUUUUGUGUGUGGGGGGGGGGCGGGGGGGAAUAAAGGCAACCUAUAUUUGAUUUAAAGAAUCACCUUGUCCAAGAGAGAUUUACACAGCCCUUAUUUUAAGAUCCUGAACUGUAUUCUGGGAAAAACAAUUUGAACCAUUUCCCUGUUAUUGGGUCCUAUGACUGUACUGUGGUACUCUACAGAGGAGGGACUGUCAGAUGUGAACCAUUUCCCUGUUAUUGGGUCCUAUGACUGUACUGUGGUACUCUACAGAGGAGGGACUGUCAGAUGUGAACCAUUUCCCUGUUAUUGGGUCCUAUGACUGUACUGUGGUACUCUACAGAGGAGGGACUGUCAGAUGUGAACCAUUUCCCUGUUAUUGGGUCCUAUGACUGUACUGUGGUACUCUACAGAGGAGGGACUGUCAGAUGUGAACCAUUUCCCUGUUUAUGGGUCCUAUGACUGUACUGUGGUACUCUACAGAGGAGGGACUGUCAGAUGUGAACCAUUUCCCUGUUUAUGGGUCCUAUGACUGUACUGUGGUACUCUACAGACGAGGGACUGUCAGAUGUGAACCAUUUCCCUGUUAUUGGGUCCUAUGACUCUACUGUGGUACUCUACAGAGGAGGGACUGUCAGAUGUGAACCAUUUCCCUGUUAUUGAGUAUUAUCUCUCUACAGAGGAGGGACUGUCAGAUGUGAACCAUUUCCCUGUUAUUGAGUAUUAUCUCUCUACAGAG